CCUCCCAGCCCAGGGCGAGAAUGAGCAGGACGCGCGAGGCACAAAGUCGAAACUCAACUUUUUAAAAACAUUAUUUGCUUGUGUAUGCGUGUGUGUGCCGGGGGAGGGGGCGGCAGAAUGAGCUGAUGCGGAGGGUCCAGCCACCCCACUUCUGCCUCCUCCUCCCCCUGCCGCCGCUGCCCUAGCACACGCGCGCGCACACACGGCACUUGGGCCGGGUUUCGGCGCUCAGUCCCUGGGCUUGGAUGGGAGUUUUCAUUUCCGAAGGAGGCAGAGCUCGGGAGCGCCUUGAAGGGUUUGGAGACCCAAGUUUCUCCUCGCCAGUGCUGGCCGCCCGCUGUCACUCGCCUAGGCUGGCCGGGAAGGGACCCGCACGCCAGGCUUUGUUGUGGAAAUCCCGGUUACCUGCAUUUUAUGAAUGAAGUUUUAUUCCAAGGAGGAUCAUCUACCCUCUGCAACAAGGAAGAUCUAAAAUGGCGAAUAAGCUACAUCAUGGAUAACUUAUUGGACUUUGCCUGAAAGGAGUCAUUAGUGUCACUGGAUAUUUGACCGACCUGGCUAUAGGUUUUUUCAGAAUGAAUGGAAGGUCAUGCAGCAUGAGUCUCCAUCGGACAUCAGGAACCCCUCAGGGACCUGGGAUGGUCAGUGGCCAACAUAUUCCUCCCAUCCGAACGCACUCGGGGACUCCUGGCCCCUCGUCCUGUGGCAACACACCAAGCCCUGCUAUUGGAAACCUUGCUAAUAGCCUCCAUCUCAAGAUGCCCUCAGGAGGAGGGAUGGCUCCUCAGAGCAAUAUGAAUGAGAGCCCCAUCCAUCUGCCUGCCUUGAGCCCCAGGAGACAAGUACUUACCAAUGGGAAGCCACGAUUCCAGGUCACCCAGGCUGGAGGCAUUUCAGGGCCACAUAGUUUAAAGCCAAAGCAGCAGGAGUUUGGAAACCCAUUUCCUCCAAAUCCUGGGAAAGGGGCUCUUGGCUUUGGGCCUCAGUGCAAGUCCAUUGGAAAAGGCAGCUGCAACAAUCUAGUGGUCACCAGCAGUCCCAUGAUGGUUCAGCGACUGGGACCCAUUUCACCUCCAGCAAGCCAGGUCUCUACAGCAUGCAACCAGAUCAGUCCUAGCUUACAGAGGGCAAUGAAUGCAGCCAACCUGAAUAUACCUCCUUCAGAUACCAGGUCCCUUAUUUCCCGUGAGUCUUUGGAGUCCUCAACUUUGAGUCUGACAGAAAGUCAUUCGGCCUUGAGCGUGAAACAAGAGUGGUCUCAGGGCUACAGGUCUCUCCCUUCGCUCUCCUCCAACCACAGCUCUCAGAAUGGCAUUGAUCUAGGGGACCUCCUUAGCCUUCCUCCUGGGACAGCCAUGUCUGGCAACGGGGUCUCUAACUCAUUGCCAUCCUACCUUUUUGGGAUGGAAAAUAGCCACUCUCCUUACCCUAGUCCCCGGCACUCUUCUGCCAGGUCCCACUCGGCCCGCUCCAGGAAGAGAGCGCUCUCCUUGUCCCCGCUGUCUGAUGGCAUUGGAAUAGACUUCAAUACCAUCAUCCGCACCUCGCCCACGUCCUUGGUUGCCUACAUCAAUGGGUCGAGGGCUUCCCCUGCCAACAUGUCGCCACAGCCUGAGGUCUAUGGGCAUUUCCUAGGGGUGCGUGGCAGCUGUAUUCCCCAGCCGUGCUCCAUGCCAAGCAGCCAGAAGGGUGUGCGGGUGGCCAGCAGCGGCCCGGCUCUCCCAGCCUACGGUGAGGAUGGUGCACUAGAGUAUGAGCGCAUGCAGCAGCUGGAGCACGGUGGCCUCCAGCCCAGCUUGGUCAACAACAUGGUAGUGCAGCACGGCCUGCCGGACCCUGAAGGCCAGCCAGCCGGCUUGCUUAAGACUGAACGCCUGGAUGAUUUCCCGGGUGGCACCCUGGAUCUGCCCCCGGCACCUCCUCUGCCUCCUCUGCCACCAACGCCCCAAGGGCCCCCGCCUCCCUACCACGCCCAUCCGCACCUGCACCACCCGGAGCUCAUCCACCACGCCCAGCCAUUGGCCCUCACACAGGCAGCCCUGGACGAGGAUGGGGAGAUGGAUGACAUUGGGAGCAAGCACUGCUGUCGUUGGAUUGAUUGCAGUGCCUUGUAUGACCAGCAGGAGGAACUUGUGCGGCACAUCGAGAAGAUUCAUAUAGAUCAGCGCAAAGGGGAGGACUUCACUUGCUUCUGGGCAGGUUGUCCUAGAAGGUACAAGCCAUUCAAUGCCCGCUAUAAACUGCUCAUCCACAUGAGAGUCCACUCCGGAGAGAAGCCCAAUAAGUGUUCGUUUGAAGGUUGCAAGAAAGCCUUUUCAAGGCUUGAAAAUCUCAAGAUUCAUUUGCGGAGCCACACAGGCGAGAAGCCCUAUUUGUGCCAGCAUCCGGGCUGUCAGAAGGCCUUCAGUAACUCCAGUGACCGUGCCAAGCAUCAGAGGACACAUCUGGACACUAAGCCUUAUGCUUGUCAAAUUCCAGGAUGCACCAAACGCUACACAGACCCAAGUUCCCUAAGGAAGCAUGUGAAGGCACAUUCCUCCAAAGAUCAACAAGCAAGGAAAAAGCUGCGGUCCAGUGCAGAGCUCCAUCCUGAACUGCUCACAGAUUGCCUUGCCGUGCAGCCCCUGCAGCCUGCCACUUCCCCAGGAGAUGCUGCUGAUAGGGCAGUGGGAUGCUCCCCAGGGCCCGGGCCUGACCUCUAUCCAGCUUCCAUUUUCUCCAGCAAUCAUUCAAGCCGAAGUGGAACAGCUGCUGGGGCCGUGCCACCCCCACAUCCUGUCAGUCACCCUUCUCCGGGACAUAAUGUACAGGGGAGCCCUCACAACCCCUCCUCCCAGUUACCUCCACUCACAGCUGUGGACGCGGGAGCUGAGAGGUUUGCACCUUCUGCUCCAUCUCCUCACCACAUCAGCCCCCGGAGAGUUCCAGCUCCUUCUUCAAUAAUGCAGAGAACACAGCCUCCCCAUAGCCAGCAGCCCUCAGGAUCACACCUGAAGUCUUAUCAGCCAGACACAAGCUCUUCUUUUCAACCAAAUGGAAUCCAUGUGCAUGGAUUUUAUGGGCAGCUGCAGACAUUCUGCCCCCCACACUACCCUGACUCUCAGAGAACCAUGCCGCCCAGCAACAACUGCAGUGUGGUGCCUUCCUUCGAAGACUGCCUGGUCCCCACGUCUAUGGGCCAGGCUGGCUUUGAUGUUUUCCACAGAGCCUUCUCAACUCACUCGGGCAUUACAGUGUAUGAUUUGCCUUCGGGUUCCUCAAGCCUCUUUGGGGAGCCUCUUCGCAGUGGGCCUGAAGAUGCCACAUUCUUGCAGAUCAGCGCUAUGGAUCGCUGUCCUAGCCAGCUCUCCUCUGUCUAUACUGAAGGCUAAACACUCCCUUGGCUCCACUACCACUGGCAUCUAGAAUCUUUUUGUUCCUUUUGUUCUUACACUUUCACGGACUGCGAGGAAAAGGAUGUCAAGUGAAUCAGCCGGAACCUGCCAAGUCACAGGUGUGUCUUUGGAAGGCAGGGCUGGAUGGUCAGAGCUGGGCUUUGCAGGAGUGUUUGCAGCUGCUCCUUUUUCUCUCUGGGUUUGCCAGUGACCAGUAGGACUGUCUUUUCAAAGGGAAUUCAGAGUCUCACUCUACCGGAUACCUGUUACUUCCUGGCUCUCAUCCUUCAAAGGACACCAUUGAAGUGAUGUGCAUAUGAAAAUGUAGUUUGGGGAUCAUCAUUGAUAAAAACUCCAUAUAGGAAAGGACAACCCAGAUUGCCAGAAGCACAGUAAACUGCCUUGCCCAAGAGCCAGGCACUCCGAGGAAAAUACACCUCUAAAGCAUGGCAUGGGCUCAGCUCUUGGAGGAGCCCCAGGUUUCCCAGCACUGGCCUGGCAUUCCAGUGAGCUGGCUGCCUCUCUCCUCUUAGAUAUUCCCAUGCUAAGCAACUGCUUUUCAGUGUUUCUCCAGAAGCAAAAUAAGAAGGUUCUGUCAAGCACAGCCCCUUGAAAAGCACUACAACUUGUUUUAUAAUCCUGCAACCUAUCUUAGCCCUUUCAUUUUAAAGACUUGUUAUUUACAUCUACUUUUAAAGGAAAAAAAAAUACUUCAAGGUCUUUCUUUGGAGGAAAUAAUUAUUUUAAUCACCCCAGCUCCAUACAUUUUGCUCCACUGUUGCUCUGCCUGGUUGUGCCUCACAGCACCUGUGAGCACCCAGAAUGUUAGUCUUGCUCUCAGCAAAGGCUGCCUGAGGGAAAUGGGGGACCACUCCCUUCCCAGUGUUGCCACAGAGACCCUUUUAGGUUAACUGUGCAGCCACCCCCACCUCAAAGACCUUGUAUAAAGGAGAAGGUCACCUGACAGUUCAUCCCUCGCCUCCACUCUGGUGCUCUGCCCAGAGCUAAGCUAGAAGCUGUGAGAGCAAGGACACCAGGGGUGCUCCUGGGUUCUCUCAGAAACCCAAACUAGAGACGCCAACGUCUAGUUGUUCUGCACAGCCUCUGCUCCCUCCGUUAGGCUCUCCCCUGGCCUGUCUGUCCCUUGGCCUUCCCUCUCCCUCUUUUUGCAUCUCUCUCGCCGCCUUCUUAACUGUGGUUCAGAUAUGCCCAGCACCCACCAUUGUCUGACCACUAUCUCUGAGCAAGGUCUGGCCUGAGGUAGGUAGAGGGGAAAGUUCUGGAAAGGCGGCCAGAAGGAAGCAACCUUUUUUUCCUAAAGCUCUAUUUUGAGGGUUAGAAUUUUCACAGAGCUCUUGGCUGUUUGGUAUCAAAACUGAAUAGGAAGCCAUUUUCUGUGACACCUUUGCCAAGCUAUCAAAAAGAUCCAGAAGCUCCCCCUGCGGCUCAGUGGUAGCGAACCUGACCAGGAUCUUUGAGGAUGCGGGUUCGAUCCCUGUCCUCGCUCAGUGGGUUAAGGAUCUGAUGUUGCUGUGGCCUGUGGUAUAGGUAGCAGAUGUGGCUCAGAUCUGGCGUUGCUAUGGCUGUGGUGUAGGCCGGCAGCUACAGCUCCAAUUCGAUGCCUAGCCUGGGAACUCCUAUAUGGCAUGGGUGUGGCCCUUAAAAAAAAAAAAAAGACAAAUAAAUAAAUAAAAUAAAAAGAUUGAGAGUCCUAUGGCAUAGGCUAUAAAAAUUAGCCAAACCCCAAAGAAACCUGGUAAAUGUGACAUUCUAGUAUUAUCCCAUUUUACCAUUUCUUUUCUCUCUUUAAAAAUUUUCUCUGAAGAAAAAUGAAUCAAUGCUGUUUGUCAAACUGAAAUAAUUACAAUCUUUAAGAAGACAAUUAAACCGGCUUGGUGUCAGACUUGGGAUGCAGUGACAGUUUGUAUCCUGGCAGUCUGGUGACACAGUCGGUAGUGUUCUGCCUGAUUCCGGACUUCAUUCCAACAUAUGGUAGAACUAGGCACAUAAAGAACCAAGUGUGGGGUCCGUUUUUACAGUGCACUCAGUCAUCUAGUUUCUCUGGCUAGUGGGCUCUGAUCUGAGAAGAGCCAUCAUGCAGACAGCUGUGUCCUCAAAAGAGCCAAGUUACUCACUUUACAAAAAUCUGCUCUGCUUUAUGAAAGGAAAUAUACUCAUUUCUCUCCAAAUGAGCUUUCAGACUGUGCACAAAGCCCCACCCUUCUGGCAGGCUUUGUGGGUCGUGUCACUUGGCCUAAACAGGAACCCAUGUCCUCUGUUACACUCCACAGAGAAGGGAAAGCUCUGGUAACUUAGAGACAACCUAUCCAGUCUAAAUACUGAAGGCUUUAACGAGGAACUUCAAACAUAUUUCAUUUGUGUGAUGAGGAAAAGACAGAAAGGCAAGGUUGUUACUGCAGCUGAUGUAGUCAGUCUGCCUGUGGCUUUUUGCUUUAGUUUAAGGUGGAAACAGGGAAGGAGGACAAAGCCAGAACUGAGCCUCAAAAACCUCAAGAGCUGGAUGAGAUGCUCUUGAGCAUCUCUAGUCUUAUCACUGGCCUCAAAGGGAGCCAGGGGUACCAGGCAGCAGCUACUCCUAGUACCUCUUAGUAUUCCUUCCCCAGCAGGAUUGGCCCAUCCCUUGUGGGGCAUUGCUGUUAGCAGAGGGGCUGGGCCCAUUGCAGCCUGCAAGGCUGAGCUCCCCUCACUCCCCAUCCAUCUUCCCACAUGGCUGCAGGCUUGAGUUUAGGGCCCCAGGAUGUGACACCUCCAGGUUCCUUCUAGACGAUACAGGCUGUUCUCAAAUUCCAGAAUCUCUCCUGACGUUAAAAUUUGUCCCUUGCUUACUUUCACAUUGCCUAAAAUUUAUGUAUCCUUUCAUCAUUAUGUUUGUAGCAGUAAAGGGUAGAAACUUCAAAAAAUCAUUCCCUUCCAUUUCCUAGCCUUUUUACUCUUGAUAUGUAACCAUUUUCAUAAACAUCUGAACAGAGGUUGUCAUUCCCCUUUUUUCAAAAAACUGUUACUUGUGAAAAGACACACAGCCCAAAAGUCAAUUAUCCUCUUACAUUAAAAGAAAAUCAGUAUGCCUGGAGACAUUUCAUUUUCUGCAUUGUAUCAAUUCCCUGAAGGGACUACAUCAAAAUGUGAGUUGUAAUGUAGCCUCUGAUCAGCUGUUAAAUAUUUACUUGUCCUGUGGGGUGUCUCCCAUUACACGAUGUCUCCCCCAAAUUAUUUAGGUGAUUCUAAAAUGAACAAAAGGUCUUCAGUCAAUCAGAGCAAAGUUUCCACUGAUGAAAAAGAGCUUUGGUGCUGUUCCUUUGUUUAAAUUAGCAGCUGUCAAGCAUAUUAGCAUACAAGAACAGAGGUAAAUGUUCAGCCUCCUAUCAGAGAACCUUGUUUCCCAGUUGCCUUGAAAUAUUGGGAAUAGUUAUUGUAAAUGUCCAGCUUAACUGUUUGGUAUUUUAUUUGACUGUUUUGACCAUGUCAAUUUAUAGCAGCAUUUUUAAUGGCACUUUUGUUGGUGGUGUGGAAUUUCUGCGGUUACUUUUUUUUUUUUUUUUUUUUGCAACGAGUAAAGCAAAAAAAGACAAAAAACAAAAAACAAAACAAAAAAACACUUAUGGGAGAAAAGGCAAGUGUAAAAAAAGAAGAGAUUUAUUUUGUACAGACAGCAGAGCAUCCUGUGUAAUGUUGCUGACAUAAAGCACUUUGGGGGGAAAAAGUGGAAAUCUGUUUUCCAUAAAUCACACAGACUCUUGUACAUAGUUAUAUACACUCACGUAGAGAAAUGAACCGCAUAUAUCAUACUGGAUAUGGGGCUGAUUUUACUCUAGGGGCACAUCUGGUGCUUAUUGUCAUAAAUCUUUUAAAGAAUUAGGUACACUUUUUUUUCUAUUAAUAUGUAUAGUUUUGUGAUUUGUCACAGUUAUGUUUCAUAUAAUCAUAAGUUAUUUUGUCUUGUUUCAUGAAGUCCUUUUUUUAUGUCAAAAGUAAAAUGAAGGGAUUGUGCACUUGGUACAUAAUAAAACUGGAACGAGAGGAUGCACCCACCUGCCUGCCGUCCUCCUUCAGCAUGUCGUCCUACAACACAAUGGCAGCAACCAUUUUUUGUUUGUUUGUUUUAUUAUUUUGUUUAGUUUUAUCAUCAGCCUCCCUCAGAUUGGGAUGGUAAUUAUAAUUAAAGGCAGAUGGGGGUGGGGGAGGGAGUGUCCAAGGCCAGCUUUAAAAUGCCGCAUUGCUUUGGGCCAGAGCUGCAGAGCUGGAUUUAAUUAUAGAUAUGAGGACGAAAUGGCAGUAAAAAUGAAUGUGUCCCUGAAUCCUUUACAUGUUGGGAGUGUCCAUAAAUAAAACAUGAAGUUUUAUUUCAUCAGAUUUAAUUAAAGCUUUUAUACAUGUUUUA